CUAUCCUUGUCUCGGAAUGCGUCAUUCCCAGUGUGAUCUCCUGAAUCGCAAUUUCCCAGAUAAAGUAAUUUUAUAGCUUUCAGAUCGGCUGCUCAAGGGCUCGAUGAGCUUUGCAGGCGGCUCGAAUGACUGGUGAAUGGCGCACAUUUGCAGCCUGGCAAUAAUGUGGCCAUUUUGACAGAAAUUGUGACGCAUUAUCUGCAGUUGCGUUGUGUAACUCAAUUACCGUCUUCGUAUUUCCCAGAACCAAUUGAAGUCAUUAAUUUCAGGAAGAUGGAAACGCGUUGCGUUUGCUGCCACACGGUUUUGAUUCAGAACUUUUCCUAACUUAAUUUCCUGAAGCUGGACAUUUGCUUGACCCGUGAGCUGGACAUGCGCCUGGAAUAAACUUUACGACGUCAACUUCAUUUUCGGCAGUGGCUUUUGUUGCAACAAAACAAGCAUGGCGGCUGCACCGGGUAGCUCAAGAGAAGCAGAUGUUUUGGGGUAUAAUUCUCGAAGAAAGGAUGGCGGAGGGGGUGAUGCCAGUGCAGCGCCAGAGUCCUCGACAGGAAAGAGUUCUGACCAGAAGCCUGUGUGCCUGAUCGUCCUUGGUAUGGCGGGAUCUGGAAAAACGACUUUUGUACAGCGUCUCACGGCUCACCUUCACGCGAAGAAAAACCCCCCAUAUGUGAUUAAUCUAGACCCCGCAGUUCACGAGGUCCCCUUUCCUGCUAAUAUCGAUAUCCGUGACACUGUCAACUACAAAGAAGUAAUGAAACAGUAUGGCCUCGGCCCAAAUGGUGGUAUUGUUACCUCACUAAAUCUCUUUGCAACGCGGUUUGAUCAGGUCAUGAAGUUUAUUGAGAAAAAACAGAAUCAUCACCAGUAUGUGCUCAUAGACACACCCGGGCAGAUUGAAGUCUUCACCUGGUCAGCUUCUGGAACCAUCAUCACAGAAGCUCUGGCCUCCUCUUUCCCCUGCGUGGUGGUGUACGUGAUGGAUACGUCCCGCAGCGUCAACCCCGUUACAUUCAUGUCCAACAUGCUUUACGCCUGCAGUAUUCUUUAUAAGACCAAGCUGCCCUUCAUCGUGGUCAUGAAUAAGACAGACAUAAUCGAUCACAGCUUUGCGGUGGAGUGGAUGCAAGACUUUGAGGUCUUCCAAGAUGCACUGAACCAAGAGACAUCCUAUGUCAGCAACCUGACCCGGUCCAUGAGCCUGGUUCUGGAUGAAUUCUACAAUAACCUGCGGGUGGUGGGUGUGUCCGCUGUCACAGGAACCGGGCUGGACGAGUUGUUUCAGCAGGUUUCCGAAGCUGCGAAGGAGUACGAGACGGAAUACCGUCCAGAAUACGAGAGACUUCACAGAGAGCUGACUGCAGCUCAGAGUAAGAAACAGCAGGAGCAGCUGGAUCGCUUGAGGAAGGACAUGGGCGAGGUUUCCAUGGAAACCUCUGCGCCCGUAGAAGCGUCGGACCUCACGGGCCCCAGUGACCUAAUUUUCACACGAGGGAACCCUGACCAGGAGGAAGAGGAGACGGUCGAGAGCGACACGGACGACAUCGACCACAACGUCACGGAGGAGAGCAAGGAGGCGACGGCAUUCGGAAACUUUCUGAAGGAGAGGAAAGCGGUGAUGGAGGUGCGCAGUAGGAAGCAUCAGUGACACCCAGACUCCUGACCUUGGCUAGGAGAUGGUCAGUUACGACCCCCUCUGCCUGCACCAACGGUCCCUGUGCCAGUCCUUGCGGUGGGAUGCUGGUUGGGAAGAAUGGUUGAGGGAUUGGCUGGAAACGGCGCGGUUUAAUGUUUCCCGCUCUUCUCUGUGCAUAUUUAGUUGAUGCUACCUCCUGCACAUGGGACACUGUGACUAUAAAAUGGCCGCUUCGAGUGUCGUAGCGAGUGGGUGAGCUCCUGUGCCGUAAAGUUAUUACCGGGGAAAAUGUCAUUGUUUCUCAAUUUGAAGGAGCAACCCUGUUGCUUUUCUGUCGACUUCAAUUUCACAAAUGUACCGUAUAUUGCAAAAAUCAAUAAAUAAAAUACUUUUUUUAUAAGGACAGUCUGGGAAAAAGUUGUUGCUUGCAGCCGAUGCACGUCUGAAAAUUCAUAAAGCCAUUAUUUUUGUUUUUCCAAUGUAUUCUUUUAUUGAAAAGCAUACAUGCUUGUGCUGUUGUAACUGUAUACUCACUCACUAUUGAAGCUUGUCUGUAUGAUCCCGAGAAGUGAGAUUCAUUUUCUUGGCUGUCUUCAUAAAGAUUUUUAUAAAAGUUUUCGACAUGCACAAA